GCGUCAAUAAUAAUUUAGAAUGACGGCUACAUUGUCAUUACGUUUUUUAUUCACAAAAAUUCCUUCGUCCGGUUUGCACAACGUGUUUGCGAAACCGGCUUUUCCUAAUUUGAAUUCGUCAGCAAAUUUUCUACACAAACGGCCAGUGUCAACUACAGCAGCAGCAUUAAAUAUAGAAUUUAAACAAAAUAAGUUAGAAAUAAAAAACAACAGAAUGUCUUCAACACAAUAUCAAAUCAUCGAAAAGGGUGCACCCAAUUCCACCAAUUAUAGCAUUUAUUUCAAAACUGCUUGCGGUAAAGGAGUCUCACCAUUACAUGACAUCCCUCUGUAUGCCAAUGAAGAGAAAACCAUAUACAAUAUGGUGGUUGAAGUGCCACGUUGGACAAAUGCUAAAAUGGAGAUCAGUUUGAAUAACCCUUUAAAUCCCAUUAAACAAGAUGUCAAAAAGGGUAAAUUGCGUUUUGUAGCCAACUGCUUCCCCCACAAGGGUUACAUUUGGAAUUAUGGCGCUUUUCCACAGACCUGGGAAAAUCCCGAUCACAUUGAACCCAGCACUGGCUGCAAGGGUGACAAUGAUCCCAUUGAUGUUUUGGAAAUUGGUUAUCGCGUAGCUAAACGUGGUCAAGUUGUACAGGUUAAGGUUUUGGGCACCAUUGCUUUGAUUGAUGAGGGCGAAACCGAUUGGAAAGUUAUUGCCAUCGAUGUCAAUGAUCCAUUGGCUGAGAAAAUGAACGAUAUUACCGAUGUUGAUAAAUAUUUCCCCGGAUUAUUGCGUGCCACCGUUGAAUGGUUCAAAAUCUACAAGAUUCCCGAUGGCAAACCCGAAAAUCAAUUCGCCUUCAAUGGUGAUGCUAAGAAUGCUGCUUUUGCCAUUAAUGUAGUAACUGAAACUCAUAAAUUCUGGGAAGGUUUAAUCAGUAAGCAAUUGGAAGGUGGCUCUAUUUCAUGCUUAAAUACUACCGUUGCUGAUUCACCAUUCCUUACAAGUCAAGAAGAGGCUGAAACUGUUAUCUCCGGUGCCGCCGAAGGUGGUGAUGUCGAAGAAGUAACUGACAUAGUUGAUAAAUGGCAUUUCAUUCACUUGAAGUGAAAACAAGCAGCUUUGAUAUUUUUACAAAAUGUUAAGAUUUUAUGGUUUAAAACUCAUUAAACAAUUAAAUUAAUCUAUGUAUUUAAAAGUUAAACAUUGAAACAUGAAAUACUUUAACAAAAUACACACAAAACAGUAAGCACAGUGAA